AUGUCUCCUUUCCUGCUGGCCCUAUAUGUGUUCUGCCUCCUCUGUCGGGGACUGGCCUCCCCCGUGCUUCAUCCACGAUCUGACGAUUACUUCCAGCCCAACUCCACAGGCCUCUGGAUGCAACAUGGUUUCGAAACAGUUCUUGUACAACCUUUUGGAUACGAUGGCUUUCGUGUCCGUGCAUGGCCCUUCCGACCCCCUACCGGACAGGAGGCCAACUUCAUCUACGACCCUCCGCUUGAAGGGCCCGAGGAUGGUGAGGCGCACGGAAUGCAAUUCGACACGGUGUCGAUUGGCAACCACAGCGUGACCAUUCGGAAUGGCAACAUCCUCAUCCGUACUACAGGAUGGGGCGGAAAUCCCGGUGGAUAUCGACUUGUUUUUAUCCGCGUCGAGGAUGACGGUUCGGAAACCCUCCUCACUAACGAGUAUGCGCCGCUCAAGUCAAUAAACCCACGCUAUUACUCGUGGCCUGGAUCUGGCAGUGAAUUUAGCGCUCAGUUCUCGUUUAGCACGACGCCAGAUGAGCAAAUCUAUGGCACGGGUACGCAGCAGGACCAUCUCCUCAACAAGAAGGGCUCGACGAUUGAUUUGAUCAACUUCAAUACCCACAUUCCCACGCCUGUCUUUAUGAGCAGUAAGGGAUAUGGCUUUGUGUGGAACAUGGCUUCUCAAGGUCGCAUGGAGUUCGGUCCCUGGCGUAACAGAUUUACGGCGGAUGCAGCCACGGUUGUGGACUAUGUGAUCUUCGCAGCGCAACCAGGAGACUACGAUACACUCCAACGGAAAUUGUCAUCACUUACCGGUCGUGCUCCGACGCCACCAGACUGGUCAUUGGGAUACCUCCAGUCCAAGCUGCGAUAUGAGAACCAAUCCGAGGUUGUGUUGCUGGCUCAGAACUUCAAGAAACACAACGUUCCCGUCUCACUGAUUGUCAUCGACUACCAGUCCUGGGCGCAUCAGGGAGACUGGGGCCUGGAUCCCGCAUUGUGGCCAGAUGUGGCUUCCAUGGCCGCCCAGGUUAAGAACCUCACCGGUGCUGAAAUGAUGGCAUCCCUAUGGCCUAGUGUGUCUGACCACAGCGUCAACUAUCUCGACAUGAUUGCCAAUGGGUACCUGUCAGCUACCAAGUCCGGUCCCGGCACCACGGACUCCUGGAAUGGCUCAUACAUUCGCAACUACGAUGCCACGAAUCCUGCAGCACGUGCAUUUCUUUGGGACACGCUGAAGAAGAACUACUAUGAUAAGGGCAUUCAUAAUUUCUGGAUCGACCAGGCCGACGGCGGCGCCCUGGGUGAAGCCUACGAGAACAACGGUCAAAGCACGUACAUCCAGUCUAUUCCAUUUGCCCUGCCUGAUGUGUUAUAUGCGGCCGGCACGCAGGCAAGUGUAGGUAAGUUGUAUCCCUGGGCACAUCAGCAGGCCAUCGAGGACGGUUAUCGCAAUGUUACGAACAGCACCAUUGGAACCGCAUGCGACCACAUCUCCCUCAGCCGAUCUGGAUACAUCGGGUCCCAACGAUUCUGCAGCAUGAUCUGGUCGGGCGAUAUCAGCUCCGUGUGGGAAACACUCGGACUCCAAAUAGCUAGCGGUCUGUCCGCUGCUGCCACAGGCUGGGGUUGGUGGACUGUCGAUGCGGGAGGAUUCCAAGUCGAUCCCACCGUGCCGUGGAGCGCAAACAUCGACACACCCGAGUAUCGCGAGUUGUACGUUCGCUGGUUACAGUGGACGACUUUUGUCCCCUUCAUGCGGACACAUGGAUCUCGGGCGUGCAAUCACCAGAGUGCCUACACCUGCGACAACGAACCUUGGUCCUAUGGCGAGGAGAACACACCCAUCAUUGUUUCAUACAUCCACCUGCGGUACCAGCUCAAGGCCUAUCUUCAAGCUAUAUUCCGACAGCUCCAUGAGACAGGCCGAAUGAUCAUGCGUCCGCUGUACAUGGACUUUGAGAAGUCCGAUCCAAACAUCGCUUCCAUGACUCAAGCCAACAUCAAUGCCACCACGCAGCAGUACAUGUUCGGCCCUCGUCUGCUCGUUACGCCCGUUACGACUCCAAAUGCGACGGAAUGGUCAGUUUAUCUUCCGCAGACUGGCGAUAAUGGUACUAAACCAUGGACGUACUGGUGGACGAAUCAGACAUAUGCUGGAGGGCAGAUGGUGACUGUUCCUGCGCCGCUGGAGCAUAUUCCUUUGUUCCACUUGGGGUCGCGCGAGGAAAUUCUUCGUGGUGAUAUUUUCUGA